AUGAAGUUUUCAGGAUACUUAUGCGUGCUGUUCGGUGCGGUAUUUGUUGCUGCCGCUCCCGUAACCCAAGCCGACAACGAUACGCCUACCCCGGGUAAAGAUCGCGAGUUUUGCAAGGCAAAGUGCAAAAAGGACCACGCGGAGAUGGUUGAGUACUGCAAAACACUUGACGCGGGCCAAAAAUCGUGCUUCGAUUUGGCGAAAUUGGCGGGCUCUCCGGAAGGCCAAGAGGAGUGCAUUUAUUACUGCAUGCGCCUUGGCUGA